AUGUAUGCAUCAACUGAUCUCUAUCCUCGAGGUCUACAUCAUCUAUGGACUCAAGAUCAAUCGCCAAAAGAACCAAAACAGUUUGCACCACCAUUAGCUUCAUAUACUGCAGAAUUUCCGGGACCUGAUCCUUUGAAACUUAAUAGAUCAAAUGAUUUAUCAAUAUUAAUUAAAAUUAAGCAAGAACAACUUGAUAAAAUUAGAAAUACAGGCUACUCAACUAUUAGGCCCAUAGGUAUAGGUAAGACCAUGGAAGAAAUUGAUUAUAUGAAACAACAAACUACAAGUUCAAUUGAUGAUGAAUUAAAUGAUCAUAUAAUUGAAGCUGCAGAAAAUACAAAUGAAGAAGAAUUAGAUACUUUACCAUUACAACAAGAUUUAGAUGCUCAAAUAUUAAAUGCUGAUGAAACAAUAAAUUCAGAGGAUUUUGAAGAUGAUGAAGAUUCAUUUUCUGAUGGACCUGGUUUUUUAGUACCAGGACCACCACAACUACAACAGCAUCAACAAUUAGAUGAUGAAGGAUUUAUGGCAGCAGACGUCGAAUAUCAAGAUGAUCAUAGUUUAAACUCAGAAACAAAUACAAAUAUUUUAAUGAAUAGUGGAGUUACAACCGGUUUGAUAACACAAAGAACAUCUACUACUAAUCCAACAACUGCUCCUUCUUUACGUACGGUGGAAGAGCGUUAUGUUGAUGAAAAUGAAUAUUCGGAACAAGAUAUGGUUGUUGAUUAA